UUAAAUACGGAAGCCUUCGAAGCACAAUAGUUGCAGUGGGAUUCGUAAUAACGCAACCGGGCAUCCUUAGAAAAUAUUUGUCCCCAUUUCGCUUCCCCAACCGUGAAAACUACAAGAGAGGAAAAAAAAUCUUGGAUACCCCAAUACGCACGGAUCGGAUCCACGCAGAAAGGGGGAAGCGCACAGUACGAGUGUCCCUGUCCUGGAUGGGUACUGGGCAGCGCUUGGGAUCGGAGGGCCUGCGGUGUCCCAGGUAAAGAUCCACUCGAGCACCGGUGACCGCGGGCGAACAGAGCUGAAGCUCCCUGUCCCGCCCCCGCUCCGCUCGCUCCUCCCCGGCCACAGGCCGGACCGACGCCACUUGAGAAGCACAACGAUGUCCCCCGAAGAAGGCCUGGACGCGGCGGAGCGGCUCGUGUCGGGCUCCCGAUGGCUACCCACCCCUCUCGGCAUGCUGCUGGCGGCGGCCGCAUUCGGCGUCACCCUGGCGCUGGUGCUCUACAUGAUCUCGCCGCUGAUCAGCCCCAAGCCGCUCAAGCUGAACGGGGCCCACGUCGUGGUCACCGGCGGCUCGAGCGGGAUUGGCAAAUGCAUCGCUAUGGAGUGCUACAGGCAGGGGGCGUUCAUAACGCUGCUGGCACGGGAUGAGAGCAAACUGGUUCAGGCCAAGAAGGAGGUGGAGAGAUGUGCUGUUAAUGAUAAGCAGGUUGUGCUCUGCAUAUCAGUUGAUGUGUCAAAGGAUUAUGGGCAGGUGGAAAACGUCAUGAAACAGGCCCAGGAAAAGCUGGGUCCCGUGGACAUGCUGGUGAACUGCGCGGGGACCUCCGUGUCGGGGAAGUUUGAGGAGCUAGAGAUGGAUCGCUUCCGGAGUCUGAUGGAGGUGAACUACCUGGGGAGUAUCUACCCAACCCGAGCGGUCAUCACCACCAUGAAGGAGCGGAGGAUGGGUCGUGUCGUGUUCAUGUCGUCGCAGGCUGGUCAGAUCGGCUUGUUCGGCUACACGGCCUACUCCCCGUCCAAGUUUGCCCUCCGCGGCCUGGCUGAAUCCCUGCAGAUGGAGAUGAAGCCAUACAACAUCUACGUAACGGUCGCCUAUCCACCAGACACUGACACCCCUGGCUUUGCGGAGGAGAACAAGUGCAAGCCACUGGAGACGAGAUUGAUCUCGGAGACGUCAGGCGUGUAUCAGCCAGAGCAAGUCGCCAAAAUCGUCGUCAAAGACGCAAUGCAGGGGAACUUCAACAGUUCGGUGGGGACUGAUGGAUACUUGCUGUCCGCACUCACCUGCGGGAUGUCGCCCGUCACCUCCAUCAUGGAGGGGCUCCAGCAGAUCGUAACCAUGGGCCUUUUCCGCACCAUUGCCCUUUUCUACCUUGGGAGUUUUGACAGCAUCGUCCGACGCUGUAUGAUUCAGAGGGAGCAGUCCAGAGCUGUGGACAAGAGUGAGGCGCCCCCCCCUCCUCAACCCGAUCCCUGCUUCCAAGCCCCACCCUACUUAGGUUGCUCCACCCAUGUCUUGUCAAGCAGGUUCACCACCUCCCACCUUGUCGUGACACCAGAGGGUGCCAUGUUGACAUCAGGUGACCACAGGAGGGCCAUCAAAAGCAGGGUUAGAGACAGGUCCCCCUAAGAAGGUGAUUCCACCUACCCCCAUCUUCCCAGAUAUCUGGUACCAAGUGGUUGAGGGUCUGGCUCCCUGUCCUUCCUUGUGUCAGCUGAGGCUUAACCUCUCGUUUUGGAAACGUUUGUAAACUACUUAGAUAUGACUUUCUUCUCCUUUUACUUUUUGGUUCAUACUUUAUUUCCAUUGCAUAUAAACUACACAUGGAGUGCUAACAGACCAACGCUGUUUCCUUUCUUUAUGGACUGGCACGGUGGUUCUCAGCCAUUCCUGCAUGGAUCCCAAGGCUUACUGCCAUCUGCUCAUCCUCAUCAGCGAUCUACUCAUCAUGUCUUUAAUGGGCUGAAUCGGGGGGCUGGCAAUGGAACAGAACCCAUCUGCAACAGCUGGAGCUCCAUGGUGGAAUGGUUGAGAACUACUGUGUUAGAGCCCCAUGGAUGACAAUAGCUUGUUGUGUUUAUUUGUUGUGUGUGUGAGAGAGUAUUUCACAUUGUAUUCUAAACUAAGCGAAGGUUUUAUGGCUAAGGAACUUUCGGGGACCAAGUAUGUUAAAUAUCGAAAAGGCCCACGGCUUAAAUGAAAACGGCACGUGCCGAUUUCCCCAUCUAAGCUGAGUACGACUACCCGCAAAUUCCAGAUGUGAAACCUACACUAGUGGCCAAAAUUGUAAAAACACUUGCAAUUUUUAGAGAUUGCUGUACUUGAUUCCAAUUACUCCAGCUACUUAUUUACUUGUCCAGUAUAUGAUAUUUGUGUAAACAUUCUUUGGUUGUUUAUAAACAUUACCACUGAUAAUCGUGUAGUUAAUUUUAAAGCGUAAUGCCAAAAAUGUUAGGUGUUUGUGCAAUUUUGGCCGCUAGUGUAUAUGGUAAUUAGUAGCUUAUGACAGUCUCCAUCUUUUGGUAGCUUAUGAAUGGGAAGCCGUCUAACACACUCCAUGGUUUCCUCUUAAAGUCGUGAGUAAAGUGCUCAUUGCGAGAAUAGCCGGUGAGCGAUUUUGUGUAGUGAAUUUGCUUCCCGUACUGCCGCUCUUUCAUUGGGCGCUUGCGUACGUUUUUGCGCUCACUCUUCCAGUAUCAGGAUGAUUGUAGACUUCACUGAUACACCCCCUGAGAGAAUAAGUGGAGGAGUGUCAGAAUGCUAUUAAGGCUGCAUUCACAUUUUUGAUUGCUACCUUUAUCCAGGGGAUUACUCUGCAGAUUAAUGGUGUGGUGUUUUUGUGAACAACUUGUUUGCGGGGAAUAAAUCCCUUACAGCAGUGUUUCUCAACCCAGUCCUCAGGGAACCCCAGCCAGUCCACGUUUUUGCUUCCUCUCAGCUCCCAGCGCACCUGUACCAGCUAUUCGGUGUUCCUGAUUGGCUGGAAGCUGGGAGGGAGCAAAAACGUGGACUGGCUGGGGUUCCCUGAGGACUGGGUUGAGAAACACUGCCUUACAGGAACUAUACACUUACAUUCACAUCCCUGCAAAGAUUUGUUCUUUUCGUUCUUCCACUUAUCCAGAAAAAUGUAAAUGCUGCUUCCUUCCUUGACUAUGGCCACAGUAUGCAGUGUACAACAUCGAAAUGUAUCCUCUGCAUUUAACCCAUAUGUGACGUUGUGACAUAGCAGGGGGCAGCUAAUUCAGUGCCAGUGAGGCAUGUCAGAGCGUGCAGUGAGCGAGCAUAUGAUUGGCUGGAAACUAAAGCUGGGACUGAAUGUAUAUGCCUACAGUGAACAAACGAUCGAGUUGGUGAGAGGGAUGAACUAGAUACCCAAUGGCGUGAGCGAGUCUGUGAACGCGAGACUCCGAUAGGCUACUGAACGGGAGAGCUGUUCCUCAGUUGUGACUAAUGCUGCGUUCUAUUUUAACUCGGAAAUUCUGAGUUCUGAGUUGAAAAAUAUCAACUGGAACGCCCCCUGAAAUCGGAAUUCCUACUUGGAAAAUCAGAGGCCGACCUCAGAAUUCAAAAUGGCUACGUCCUUUAUCAAUAGUAAUUAAUACUGUAGUUAAUGUUUAUUAGCACUUGUCUCAUUUGUGGCUCAUUAAAUCGGUUGUACACCUAGUACUGGCCAACUGCUAUCUGUGGACGUGUUGCUAUGGUGUUUUUAUGCAUAAAAUGCUGUGUAAUGUGUUGUUAUCUACUGAUAUUGCUAACAAUUAACCGGGCUAGAAAUGAACCCUGUUUCAAAAAGCAAGAUCUCUUGCUUAGCUGGGUAAGUUGUCAGAUUUAAGGUAGACUGGGUUGAAUGUAAGUGAAGGAAGAUAAAAAAAUAAAAGGCAAAUUACAUCCGACAAGUUAUCCUGCUAAGCAAGAGAUCUUGCUUUUUGAAACAGGAUCCAGGUAUUGCUAAAUGGCUUUCCGACUUGCUGUACUGGAGCGUAAACUUGAGUAGAUGGUCAUUCCCUGCUCCGACUUCCGAGGUAAAUGGAACGCAGCAUUAAAUACACCAUAUACUGUCUAUAGCCUAAAUGUGCAGUGGCUUCCAAUAUACUGCAAUUGUAUUUUAGAGAUACAUUUUUCACGAGUUAAAGUGAUUCUAACCAAGGUUUCUUAGCAGACUGGCUCUCCUGCCAGAGGCCGUUCGACUAGAAGGCCGUUCACACAAAAAGCAUUUGAACUCGUUAGCUGACUAUGUGAUGAGCCGUCAUGUUUGCAUUUUUAACAAACUUCAGUAGCUAUGGUACAAUGUUGACAGACUAAUUCAAUAACAUUUUUUUCCUCACGUGAUGGUAUUUAGCCUAAGUAACAGGUUAUUUUUACAUAUCGGAACGCAAGUGUUUCAGAUUUAUUUUAUACAAAGGGGAAGUGCCACUGAACGAGCUGGUGAACGAAUCAGAACUAACGUUCUAGGUAAACUUAAUCAAACUUAGCUGCGUCCCAAAAAAAGUGUCAUUUCGCCCCAUCACUAGUGCAGAUGGCGGGUGAUCAGGCAGUUCAGGGGGAGCGUUUUGAAAUAAAUAGGUGAGGGAGUCUUACGUAAGUGCACAUGCCCCAGCCGGCAGAUCCGGAGCACGCUGGCUGGCUGCUCGGUGCCAUGGCUCUCCUGCCAGAGGCCUCGCGCUGUCGACUCUCCUCGGGACCGGGAAAUAGUUCAGACUGGGAGGCCGUUCACACAAAAAGCGGCUGUUGUAAUUAGGACAAGGGCGUCCUUUGUGACCGCGCAGGCGGCGGAUUUGCAUUUCAGUCACUCUGAGGAGAAUUUGACAGCCCCAAGUUCCUCGCCUUCAAGAGCACAAUAUUAGUAUAUUGUAAUUUGUUUGUAGAUACCAGUGUGUGUUUGUGCGCGUGCACUAAUGGGGGGGAGUAGCGUGUCGGCCAGCCUGUGGCGUUAAUGACAGCUUUUCCUUCACAUUUCCGUGUCUGUGUGCAGGCAUUUUGCGGUGAACACAAUUCUGUAAUUUAGCCUUUAUACUAUUUCACAAUUCUGAUUUCUCAAAAGCGAAAAGGGGUAAAAUUGCCUAAUUAGGAAAUACUCAAUGUGUAGGGACGAGCCGUGGGAUUGAUUAUUGUUUGACUCGCGGGACCGAGUAGUAAUCUCACUGGCCUGAAGGUGGCGCCGGAAAGCCGCGUUCAAAGUGCUAUAAGUAUCUCUGCUCAGCGCCGCUUAACGAUUUUCUCGUUUGAUGUCUUCCUUUUCUUAUCUAUCGGCCCUGAGAGGACUGACGCCCGUCUGCAAUUAUUUUCUGUUAUUACAAGCGCAAUUAAAUGCUUAGUCCCAAUGCCAAAAGGAACCAAAAAAGCAAGGCAAUGCAAUGCAACUAUUUGACUGCUGCUUUGUUUACUUCAGAAAUACCUUAUAAAUAAGCCAAGAGCUGAAUUGUGGAGCCCGUUCAACGCCUUAAUACCGUUAAGUAAUGCACCUGUUUAUAUCUAUGGCUUACAUAAUUUACCUGUUUUUCCAGAGAGAAGAAUUCGUGUUUGUUCCGUUUCAGAUCUGUACAAAUGUCCUUGCAUGAAGAAUGAUGGUGAGAGCAGAUGAUUUAGUUGAUGUUCUCACUUGACGUCGGUUUCUGAGGCUAUGCAGCACAAAGUUAAUUUGCGGAUUAAGUAUUUUUUUUUUUUUUACAAUGUGUGCAUUUUAAUUAACUCACCUAGAAUAUACGGUAGCUGACACGUAGUUCAUAGCUUUUUGAUAUGUAGCUUAUCACAAAAGGAUUUUUUGGUUUAACAGUUUAAAGCUAUGCAAGUUAAGCCGUUGUGUUCAAGACAUGUUGAAACACCCUAUCGGAAUACCGAUGUUUCUCUCAUGUGCCCUAGCCCCGGUUUUGGUGCGUUUAAGAUAAGUAUAUGCUAUGUAAGAGAUUAACUUAGUUUGUUUUGCUCUGAAAAUAACCUGGACACGUUCGAUUAUUUCCUCCUUGUUUAUGCCUGUCUUCACCCUGUGUGCCAUUUUAAAUAGAAAAGGGAUGAUCGGAACACCGUUGCUAUGUCAUAUUUUGUUACAUGAAAUAAUAAAUAACUUUUGAAAAAGU